AUGGACACCGAGGGCGAGUGGGCCAGUGAGCCGAUUGCCAUCAUCGGCAUGAGCUGCAAGUUUUCCGGCGGUGCCAGCAAUCCAGACAAGCUCUGGGACCUUAUGGCAUCAGGCGAGACCGGCUGGAGUGAGAUUCCAGAGGAUCGGUAUAACCUCAAAGGAGUCUAUCACGCAAACCACGAAAGAACCAGCACGACACAUGUCAAAGGGGGCCACUUUCUGGACGAGGAUGUAGCAGCCUUUGACGCAGCCUUCUUCAACUACUCAGCGGAGAUGGCCCAGGUGGUCGACCCUCAAUUCCGGCUGCAGCUCGAAUCCGCCUAUGAAGCGCUUGAAAACGCCGGCCUGCCCCUGUCCCGGGUAAUGGGGUCUCAGACGUCCGUCUUCGCUGGCGUCUUCGCCCACGACUACCAGGAGGGAAUCAUCCGAGACGAAGAUAGACUGCCACGAUUCAACGUAGUCGGCACAUGGAGCCCCAUGUCAUCCAACCGCAUCUCGCACUUUUUCGACUUCCGGGGCGCCAGCAUGACUCUAGAAACCGGCUGUUCGACGACAUUGGUGGCUCUCCACCAGGCGGUCCAGACCUUGCGCAACCGUGAGGCCGACAUGUCCAUGGUGACUGGCGCCAACGUGAUGCUGAAUCCGGACACAUUCAAGGCCAUCGGGUCGCUGGGGAUGCUGUCGCCUGACGGGAGAUCAUACUCGUUUGAUUCCCGUGCCAAUGGGUAUGGCCGCGGAGAGGGCGUGGCUACCAUCAUCAUCAAGCGACUGUCGGAUGCGCUGGCUGCCAAUGACCCCAUUCGUGCAGUGAUCCGUGAGACAGCAUUGAACCAAGAUGGCAAAACGGACACAAUUACAACCCCAUCUGGUGCAGCGCAGGUAGAUCUCAUGCGGGAAUGCUACAGCCGUGCUGGCCUUGACCCUCGCGGCACCCAAUAUUUCGAGGCUCAUGGCACAGGGACGCCCACUGGUGACCCAAUUGAAGCGCAAGCUAUGGCCACUAUCUUCAGCGGAGGCCAAGGCCGCGACGAGAAGGACCACUAUCUGCGCAUUGGCUCCGUAAAGACCAACGUGGGCCAUACCGAGGCCGUGUCGGGUCUUGCUGCCAUGAUCAAAGGUGUCUUGUGCCUCGAGAAGGGGUUGAUUCCGCCUACUGUCAACUAUGAAACGCCUAACCCCAAGCUCAAGCUGGACGAGUGGCGACUCAAAGUGGUGAGGACGAUAGAGCAAUGGCCUGACAGUCUGAUCGAUGGCCCUCGUCGCAUGUCAAUCAACAACUUUGGCUACGGCGGUGCCAAUGCUCAUGUCAUUUUGGAGAACGCCGACCCCUGGACCUUGAAUUCAGGUUUGGAUUUUGAACUUGUCAAUGGCAAGGGCUUGAAAGGCAAUGGGGAUGCCUCGGACGAUGUCUCGGAUGCCAAAGUGCUCAUCCUCAGUGCGCGCGACGAACGAGGCUGCCAGCAAAUUGUUUCCGACCUCAAGGACUAUCUGGAAAAGCACAAGUCGCUUGACCACAAGGCCUCUGAGCAGCUGCUGCAGAAUCUUAGCUACACCUUGGGCGAGCGUCGGACCCUCUUCCAGUGGGUUGCAGCGCACCAGGUCCGUCUUGAUAACGGGACUUUCGACUCUGCGAUCCAAGCCCUUGAAUCACCUCGUUUCAAGCCAACCCGUCGAGCUUCUGAGAGCCCACGCAUUGGCAUGAUCUUCACCGGCCAGGGCGCGCAGUGGUAUGCCAUGGGUCGUGAGCUACUGACCUUGUACCCUGUCUUCCGCCGGUCCAUUGAGGAGGCUGAGACGUACCUAAACGCCCUCGGGGCUGACUGGUCACUGCUCGAGGAGCUAAAGCGUGACAAGAAGACAUCAAAAGUCCACGAAACAAAGAUCAGCAUUCCCAUUUGUGUAGCGCUGCAGAUUGCUCUGGUCCGUCUGCUUGAAUCUUGGGGCAUCACGGCAUCAGGAGUCGCCAGCCACUCAUCAGGUGAGAUUUCAGCGGCUUUUGCUGUGGGAGCCCUCACACAUCGUCAGGCCAUAGCUACAGCCUACUUCCGCGCCAUUCUUGUAGCAGACGAGACACAGCGUGCCCCGGGAUCUGCCAAAGGUGCUAUGGCGGCAGUCGGGUUGGGUGUUGACGCGGUGCAGCCUUACAUCGACAGGCUGACCAAGGGCAAAGCUGUGGUUGCAUGUGUCAACAGCCCUCAGAGUGUCACCAUCUCUGGUGAUGAAGACGCCGUUGACGAGAUUGCCGAAUUGUGCAAGCAGGACGACGUGUUUGCUCGUCGUCUCAAGGUCCAACAGGCAUACCACUCACACCAUAUGGACCCCUUUGCUGAUGCUUACCGGGAGCGUCUUCGAAUCGAGAUGGCCCGGAGUGUAGUCAAAGGUGACAAGCAGGAGCUCAAGGCGGUUUUCUCAUCCGCAGUCACUGGCGGGCGCAUCACCGACAUCAAGGAGAUUGCCAGCCCCGAUCACUGGGUCGGUAGUCUGGUGCAGCCGGUAGAGUUCGUUGACGCAUUAACUGAGAUGGUUCUCGGGGAUCCUGAUGACCCGACAGGCAGAAGCGUUGAUGUUCUUCUCGAGGUCGGCCCUCAUACAGCCCUGGGAGGACCGAUCCGCGAGAUCUUGUCACUGCCCGAGUUUGAAGGCAUUGAGCUUCCAUACUGGGGCUGUCUCGUACGCGACGAGCAUGCAGGCGACAGUAUGCGUUCCGCCGCUAUCAACCUGUUCCGCGAAGGACAAUCCCUUGCCAUGGACCAGAUCAACUUCCCCAUGCCUACAUAUGACGACGAGGGCCCCCAGGUCUUGACAGACCUUCCAUCGUAUCCCUGGAACCACACGAUGCGCCAUUGGCAAGAGUCCAGAGUCAACCGUGCCAUUCGCGAGCGCAGCCAGCCUCCACACGAACUACUCGGCAUGCCCGUCGCUGGCAAUGACCCCAACGCGUCCGUAUGGCGCAGGGUAUUGCGUGUUACCGAAACCCCGUGGCUGCGCGAUCAUAUGGUCCAAGGCAGUAUUGUUUACCCAGGCGCCGGCUAUAUUUGCCUUGCAAUCGAGGCCGCUAGGCAAUUGACUGAUCAGGGCAAGACAAUCUCAGGACUUCGCCUGCGUGACAUCAACUUCUUGUUUGCCCUUGUUAUUCCGGACAACGCGGAUGGCGUGGAGAUCCGAACCACGCUCCAGUCUGUCCCUGAGCGUGAGAUCGGGGCUCAAGGCUGGUGGCGCUUUGAGGUCUCGUCAGUCACAUUGGAGAACCGGUGGACACUGCACGCUACGGGCAUGGUUAGCAUAGAGGAGUCAGCUGUCCUGGAGACUGAACGUCGUCGUCCAUUGUCGACUUAUACCCGCCAGCCAAGCCCCCAGGACUUGUUUGCCAAUCUCAGGGCACGCAGCGUCUAUCACGGUCCUCUCUUCCAAAACACCAACCAGAUCAUCCAGGAUGGCCGAGAGCCGCGAUCCAUAUGCGACAUCACGAUCCGCCACGAAGCUUCGUCUGAUACAGACCCGGAGGUGGCAGCACAGAACAGCCUGUUACACCCAAUCACCCUCGAUGCUGUCGUUGUGGCCUUUUAUUCCGCCCUCCCCAGUGUCGGAGCGCUACAGGAAGAGCCCAAGCUCCCGCGGUCUGUCGGAUCGAUGUGGAUAUCCAGCAACAUCAGCCACCAGAUCGGCCACACGCUGCGGUGCGACACAUCCCUACUUCAUGACGACCCCCAACGCGGGAGGGCAAACAUUACAGUGUUCGACGGCAAGACGGAAGACGCAGUGCUCAGGAUGCAGGGCGUCGAGCUGGCGUCGCUGGGGAGGGGCAGCUCAGCCAGCACCUCGAUGGAGGAGGUGUGCAGCAAGCUUGUCUGGGGGCCUGACCUUUCGCUUCAAAACCCGCUGGCUUUCGAACAGAUUAAGAAGCACCUGGCAUCUACAAACUCGGAUCAGGAGACAGAUGUGGUCAGGAACCUACAGCGCUUGUGCAUUGCUUAUGCCUCUGAUGCCCUACGCGAGCUGACUCCGGGGGAUGUGGCUGGACUGCAGGAACAGCCACAUUUGGCCAAAUACUACGCAUUGCUACGUGGAUUGGUCAAUCAAACUACCGAGGAGCUUGGGAAGGCUCAGCUGUCCAUGGAGAGCGUUGAUGAGCAGGUGGUCUGCCGUCUCGGACCUCUCCUCCCAUCUAUCCUUCGUGGUGACAGCGUGGAAGAAGUCAGUUGCUUAAUGGAUGAAUACAACGCCAACUCAAUGCGUCAGUCAUCAUCUCUCAGACAGCUCUCUGCUCUGCUACAAACUAUUGCACACAAGAGCCCAGGUGCUCGCGUCCUCCAAAUUGGGAGCGGUACUGGUUCCCUCGCCACACGUCGCAUACUGGAGACCCUUGACGCGAACUUGGUGGCCAGCUGGCACAUCACUGAGCCAUUGUCAGAAUCAUUGGAGGAUGCGCGUGUUCAGCUUGCCGACUGGGCGGAAUUGCUCCAGUUCGACCAACUUGAUAUUGAGCAGAGUCCAUCCAAGCAAAAAUUUACCUCAGAGAGCUACGACGUUGUUAUAUCCUUGCAUGCUCUACACGCUAUCAAGAGCCCGGCCAGUGCGCUGGGAAAUGUACGCACUCUGCUGAAGCCAGGGGGCACGCUGCUCUUUGUGGAGAUGACUAAGAAUCAGGUUGAUGCGGAUUUCGUUUUUGCUUUACUUCCAGGCUGGUUGCAGGACAAGAGUCCAGUGUCGUCCUGGGAUACCGUGCUUCAAGAUGCGGGCUUCAGUGGUGUCGACCUUGAGAUUCAUGACUCGGAGAGCGAUAUCCAUACCAACAGCGUCAUCAUGUCCACUCUGCCUACUGAGGACCAGAAAGCCGACCUGAGCAAUGUUAAAGACAGCUUUGCAGUCGUUUCUAGCAUCAAGACACCUCCAUCACCCGCCAUUGUCGAUCAGUUGUGCCAGCGCAUUCAGGCCUUGACCGGUACCGCCACGGCGCACCUCGUGUUGGAAAAGAGCAGCGGCGACGCAUACAAGGACAAGAUCUGUGUGUUUAUCGGCGAGCUUGACCGGCCCAUUAUGGCGGACCUCGACGGAGUACGCAUGGAAGGCCUCCGCGCAAUGGUCACGCAGUGCAGCGGUCUACUCUGGGUCACGACUGGUGGGACUGUUAAGAGUGAGGCCCCCGAACGGGCUGUGCACCAGGGCUUUUUGCGUGUGCUGCGCAACGAAUACAUCAGCCGCCGCUUCAUCUCCGUGGACCUUGACCCUGCUCAUGCAGAUGCAGAUACAGAUGCAGCCAGAUGGUCUUCUGGUGCAAACCUCGCCGUGUCGGCCAUCAUGCAGGUCCUCGAGGAGGGAUUCGGGCAUGGCAGCACUCAAACCGGUCCAGCCGAGUUCGAGUACGCCGAGCGAGACGGUGUCUUACAUAUUCCCCGCUACUACAAAGACGAGCAAUACAACAGCAUGGUCACUUGCCCGCUUGUGCCGAGCUGGAGUGAUAAGGACGAGAGCAGCAUUCCCUUAGAGCGCCUCUUCCAGGACCGACAACUCCGGUUGCAAGUCGGCAUCCCAGGACACCUGGACACGCUCGCUUUUGUUGACAACGAGGAAACCCUUGGGGACCUAUCGCCAGAACUUGUGGAGAUCACCCCUCGAGCUCACGGGGCUUGCUCCCGCGAUGUCAUGGCUGCUAUGGGCCAGCUCAAGGAUCAAUCCAUGGGCUUCGAAUGUGCCGGUAUCAUUGCGCGACUUGGUCCUGAGGCUCAGGCCAAGGGCUACAGAGUUGGUGACCGUGUCUUGGCCCUUUCGACCGGCGCAUCUUUCGCCAGCAAUGUCCGCGUCCCAUGGCAUGGGGUCAUCCAGAUGCCAAAGGACAUGGACUUUGUUAGCGCUGCAUCGCUUCCCCUGGCUUUUACAGUUGCUUACUUUGGUCUCGUCAGGAGCGCAAGCCUGACAGCUGGGCAGUCAGUCCUCAUCCAUGCUGCAGCCGGGGCCAUCGGACAGGCCGCAAUCAUGCUGGCCAAGCACCUGGGCGUCACAGAGAUCUACGCUACAGUCGGCUCCACUGAGAAGCGAGACCUUCUCGAGCGUGAAUACGGCAUCUCUUCUGAGCGCAUCUUCACCAGCCGCGACGCAUCCUUUGCCCCGGCUAUUCUGGCUGCUACCAAGGGACGCGGUGUGGACCUCGUGCUCAGCUCACUUUCUGGUCCGCUACUUCAGGAAAGUCUCAGCACAGUUGCACCUCUCGGUUAUUUGAUGCAUAUCGGCAAGGCAGACAUCGAGGGCAACAGCCUGAUGGCACUCGAGUCUUUCUCUCGCGGCAUCUCUUUCAUAUCAAUGGACGUCCCAACCCUCUUGCAGCGCAGAGGACCCGAUGUGCACCGUGCGCUUGUUGAGAUCGCCAGCCUGGUCGAACAGCAGGUGGUGAAGCCGGUUCAACCUGUUACCGUUUACCCCAUGCAGGAUGUCCAGGCGGCUUUCCGCUUCGUUCAGACAGGCGACCAGAUGGGUAAAGUUGUUCUUUCAGCUGGAUCGGACGAACAGGUUUACGUGGUCCCCCGACCAAAGGGCUUAACAGCUCGAACUCAACUACGACCCGAUGCAUCGUACCUCAUCGUGGGAGGCGUUGGGGGUAUCGGGCGCUCAGUCGCACACUGGCUGGUGGCUCACGGUGCACAGCACCUGAUCCUGCUUUCUCGCAGUGCUGGCAAUCUCGAUCUCGACCGGAAUAAGAAUAGUGAUGGGGCACUCUUCAUCAACGAACUGCGUCAUAUGGGCUGUCGAGUCAAGCCCGUCAGCUGCGACAUCUCGCUCCCAAGCUCACUGACCGUGGCUCUCAGGGCCUGCGAAGACGACGGCUUCCCUCCAGUGCGCGGCGUCAUCCAGGGCGCCAUGCUACUGCGCGACGCCAUCUUCGAGCAGAUGACACUCGAAGACUGGCGCAGUGGCCUGAGUCCCAAGCUGUACGGCACCUGGAACCUACACACCGAGUUUUCGCGACCGGACUCUCUCGACUUCUUCGUUAUGCUGUCCUCUGUCUCGGGCGUCGCAGGCAUUGCAUCGCAAAGCAACUACGCAGCCGGUGGCUCCUACGAAGACGCCAUGGCUCGCUGGCGCCAAUCUCAGGGCCUGCCCGGCGUGGCCAUUGACCUAGGUCCUAUUUCUGACAUUGGCUACGUUUCUACAGACGCCAGAGUCGCCGAGCGCCUGCGCAAAGAUGGUGAAUUCGCCAUGCUUGACGAGAAAAUUGUUCUCGGUGCCCUCAACGCUGCGGUUCUACAUCCACUGGGCCGGUCUCAAAUCAUCGUCGGUCUUACCUCCUCCCCGGGUCCUCACUGGGACCCCAACGGUCGCUCCCAGCUCGGCCGUGAUGCGCGCUAUGCAACGCUGCGACCGCAUACUAAGGCCUCGGCACGACAGGACGGUGAAAACACCAGUGCCUCGCUUGCCACGCAGCUCGCAGAGGCCAGCGGCCCGCAGGAAGGGGCGGGGCUCAUCGGAGCGGCUAUUGCGGAGAAGCUUGCGGACAUCUUCAUGACUCCCAUAGCGGAGAUUGAUAUCAGCAAGCCGCCGGCCCACUUUGGGGUCGACUCGCUAAUUGCGGUGGAGCUGAGGAACAUGCUUGCAUUACAGGCGUCGGCAGAUAUUUCCAUCUUCAAUAUCUUACAGGCGGCCAGUCUGGAUGCGUUGGCUGGGUUGGUGGCGGAGAAGAGCAGACAUUUCCAGGCUUAG